AUGAAUAUGAUUGUAACCACUGAAAUUGACACGCUAAAGGAGAAACUUGGAGAUACAAAAUGGAUAUUAGUUAAUAGACAAUUUUAUUUAUCUGAAAAUGUAGUUUUCGACCUUCCCAAAGAUUUUGGAAACAAAGACACCUUGAUAGUAGGGCUUCCCGACGAGUAUAAAUACAACUACAAAGAACUUUUUGAAAGAAUGGGCGUCCGUUUGAAAAUUGGAAUUAAAGGUUACAUUAAUAUAAUUAAGGCGUAUGUUAAGGAUGAUCUUAAUGUUAAACUGCCCGUCGAUGAAAUAAAUAAAGUAGUAGGAUUAUUCGAUCAGAUUUCAAGGAAGCAUGCCGAAGAUAAAAGCUCUGCAAAAAUACUGCAAGAAUUGCUUAUACCAACUACACAAAAAGUUCUUGCAUGCUUAAGCGAAGUUCAGUAUGAUGAUAUGGGUUCGAGGUUAACCGAUGAGGCAAAAACAGAUUACUAUAUUGCGCACCCUUUCAUAUCACAAAAAAUAUUGGAAUGA